AUGUUUAAUGUUGUUUUUGUUCUUGGACCACCUGGUUCUGGUAAAGGAACACAAUGUACAAAAAUACAAGAAACUUUUGGAUAUGUUCACUUAAGUGCUGGUGAUUUACUUCGAGAAGAAAGAAAUAGAGAAGGUUCUAAAUAUGGUGAACUUAUUGAAACACAUAUUAGAAAUGGAAGUAUUGUUCCUGUUGAAAUAACAUGUGCCUUACUUAAAAACGCCAUGUUACAACAUCCAAAUGCAAAAGGAUUUCUUGUUGAUGGAUUUCCCAGAAACCAGGAUAAUCUUGAUGGAUGGAAUAAAGAAAUGGCGGGUCACGUAAAUCUCAAAUUUGUUCUUUAUUUAACUUGUAGUGAAGAAAUGUGUCUUCAAAGAUGCCUUGGUCGUGGACAAGGUCGUAGUGAUGAUAAUGAAGAAAGUUUAAAGAAACGCAUUCAAACAUAUAACAAUCAGACAAUGGAUAUUAUUCAAUAUUUUACAAGAGCAAAUUUAAUUCGUAAAAUAGAGUCUGUUGGAAAUGUUGAUGAAAUUUUUGAUAAGGUCAAAAUCUUGUUUGAAUAA